UUUCCGUACUUGUCACUAGUGUAGUGAAGUCUGACUGUAUUCACGACUCUCAACAGCUUUCGUACUUAAACAUUUGUAGGGACUCGCAGUAAUAAUGUUUAAUUUAACUCGCUUAGUGUUACGUCGUAAUGAUUUAUUUUGAGCAGUAAUGGGAAAUACGCAGAGUUACGUUGGCGCGUCGCUCUCUGUCUGUUCUGUGUGUUUACUUUAUGUUUACUUUUACUCUUCUCAUCAGCUGUUGAAAACAAAUAGUCUCACCAGCGACAGACUUCCAAGUCUUGAUUAUCUUUUUAUCAAAUAUCUGACCAGAGCUCUGACUCGGAGAACAGGCCACUUGUACCCGGCAACUAAAAAGCAGUGUGAAGUUGUUUACACGAUCCUCAACUGUAGGCUGGAGACUCCCUUGCUGAGGAGGUUCUGCAGUGCUGCAGGGUAUGGUUGGGAUUAUCCAGACAGUGAGUACAGAGACAUCCCACUGUGCUUUCCAGAGUUUCUCUGCCGCAGACUGCUGCUUAUUCUCCUGACAGAUCAUAAGUUCAUGCUGAGCCCAGCAGGUCUGAUUCGUGUGCGCCAGAGUUUGAAAACCCAUCAGCCAGUCGAUGAGCUGAAGAAAGGUCCAUUCAUGCUGCAGGUUCGAGUCCUGGAGUACCGGCAGGUUGAUGCAGGGGUGGAGGUGGACAUCUGUCUGUCUGCCACUUCACGUUGUGGAAGUCCAGUGUGGGAAAGUGUCUUGACACUCCUGUCCAAAAACAAGCUCCACAAAGCCAGCAGAUGUUUAGCCAAGAAAGAAAAUAAGAGCCAGAUAGAUGAGCCUGUGCCAGAAAAUGUGAAGCAGGUUGAGAUCAGAGUUCCCAGGAGUACCUGCCUGCAGUGUGUCUGGUCCUUCUCUGACUAUCAGCUCUUCUAUCUGCCAGCCAGGCUGUUUGGAUACAGAUUGCAGACUGCACCAAGUGUCUGGAUGCUGUCUGUCUGCUUGGCUGAAAUAGAAAAGCACAAAGGGGUUGGAGUCAUCACAGCGCCAAUCAACAUCACCACCCAGUUUAAGGAGCCUCUGUUGGUACCAGGCAAAGUGACAAUCAAGUUUUGGGAGAUGAUCACAAAUGAGGAACAGUCGUCUGACCGAGGCCUCAACUUCCACAUGCAGCAACAUGGAAACAGCUCAUCUCACAUGGUGGGAGUGAUUACGAAGUCCUGAUCAACAUCGAAGGAGGUUAUUUGUAGUUCUGUCAAAACGCAAUUAAAUGCUGAUAUUGUA